AUGCCGAGAAAAUCAGCAAUAAAGUGUUAUUUUGGAUGUGCGACUGAAGUUUCAGGUCCUUUUCACCAAUUCCCGAAACCAGAAUACCCAAAUUUGGAGAAAUUCGAACAGUGGAAAAUGGUUUUGAAUGAAGAUGUGAAAACAAAAGGAGAUUCGUUCAUUUUUAACAAUAUAAGAAUAUGUGAUUGUCACUUUGAGGAAUUUUACCGUUCUGCAAGUAAACGACUCACCGGAAAUGCAGUACCAACUUUGAACUUAUCUUCAACUUCGCCAAUAGUGCUUCAACCAUCAUCUUCUGUUGAGACUGAAAUGGAUAUUGAUAUGCAAAUAGGAGACAACUUAGAGCCUUUCAAGUUGCCAUAUCCGAAACAAAAACUACUUCCUAGAGAAUACGGUUAUCGAACAAGAGCUACUUCUAUGAGUAGUCAGUAUUCAAAUUCGACAUCAAUCGCAAGCUUUGCCCCACCUGGUUCGUCUACUCCAUUGCCAUCUACUUCUACUACUUCCAACAUUCAUAGAAAUUCAGAGCACCAGUUCCCGGAGUAUGGUGAAGAAAUUUUCAAGAUUUGUUCAUAA